UAUAAGGCCAAAUUAGAAUUUGCAAACUGGCCCUCUGCUACCUCUGUUUCUGGAGCAGCUCUCUCUGUCUGUCUCUGAGAUCCCCGUCUUCGCGCCCGCCUCUCUCGCUCUCCUCUUCCCCUUUGACCGCCUCGGUCACUGCUCCCUUCACCUCCACUGAGUCCUUUGACCCACCAAUUUAUACUCUCCCCUCCUCCCGGAACUUCCGUCGAACACUUCGCCAGCGACAUGGAGACCGAAGGGUCGCCGGCCAGCACCCUCCAAGAACUCAGCUCCAACGAGAGUGAAUGCGACGACCGGAGCAGCCCCGGCGGAGGGUCGGGUUUCAUGGCGGGUUCGGGCUACUCGUCCUGCCCGUCGAAGCCCCACAAGGGGAACGACAUCAAGUGGGAGGCGAUUCAGCGCGUGAAGGCGCGGGACAAGCAGCUGGGUCUGGGUCACUUCAGGCUGCGGAAGAAGCUCGGGAGCGGGGACAUCGGGAGCGUGUACCUCUCCGAGCUCCGGGGGAUGGGGUGCCUCUUCGCGAUGAAGGUGAUGGACAAGGGGAUGCUGGAGGCGAGGAAGAAGACGGGGAGGGCCCGGACCGAGAGGGACAUUCUGGGAAUCUUGGACCACCCGUUCUUGCCGACGCUCUACUCCCACUUCGAGACCGAGAAGUUCUCGUGCCUGCUGAUGGAGUUCUGCAGCGGCGGCGACCUCCACACCCUCAGGCAGAAGCAGCCAGGGAAGCAUUUCUCGGAGCACGCGGCAAGGUUCUAUGCCUCGGAAGUGCUUCUUGCACUUGAGUACCUGCAUAUGAUGGGGGUGGUCUACAGGGACCUGAAGCCCGAGAACGUGUUGGUCCGAGACGAUGGUCAUAUAAUGCUCUCUGACUUCGACUUGUCCCUUAGGUGUUCAGUCAACCCCACCCUCGUCCGCUCAAACACCAACCCAGCCUGCAGGGCGUACUGUAUUGAACCCUCAUGCAUUGUCAGCCCGUCGUGUAAAUUGCCAGUCUGUGUUGAGCCCUCAUGCCUACAGCCCUCUUGCUUCAAGCCACGUUUCUUGAGCUCCAAGGAGCACAAGGUGAAGCCCGAAAGAGUAAGGCCAGUAGAUACACGGCCCCAGUUGAUUGCUGAGCCGACAGCUGCUCGUUCAAUGUCUUUUGUCGGGACCCAUGAGUAUUUAGCUCCUGAGAUCAUCAGAGGGGACGGUCAUGGGAGCUCGGUGGAUUGGUGGACGUUUGGUAUCUUCUUGUUCGAGCUGAUGUGUGGGAGAACCCCGUUUAAGGGGAACAACAACAGGGAGACCCUAUUCAAUGUUGUCGGGCAGCCCCUAAAAUUCCCCGAGGGGUUUUCUGGGAGCUUCGCUGCCAAGGAUCUGAUCCGGGGGCUUCUUGUUAAGGACCCUCAGAAGAGGCUCGGGUUCAAACGUGGGGCCACUGAGAUUAAGCAGCAUCCCUUCUUUGAGAGCAUCAACUGGGCCCUAGUCCGAAGCAUGAGCCCCCCUGAAAUCCCAAAACCACCCAUUGAUCUUGAUUUCUCGACUCACAUCUUCAAAACGUCCGUGCCAUCCAAUGCAAAGGCGGCUUCCGACUCAGAUAGGUCCUCGGGGCCUUACUUAGAGUUCGAGUUCUUUUGAAAAUUUUGGCGGGAUCCACGGGCCGCAAUUGUGUGAGGUAGUUAGCUGGUUAGUUAGUUAUUUAGGGGAGUCUUGUUUAUUCAUCGUCUCAAUGAAAUAUUUUUGUUCUGUAAUUGCCGGCAUAAUUCCCCCCUUUUCUGA